AUGUCAACAAGUGAAUACGAGUUAUUUGAGACGUUUGUUCUCAAAGUACACAUGAACUGUCAAGGGUGCAUAAAAAAAGUAAGGAAAGUACUCCGAAAAAUUGAAGGUGUCUACAAAGUAGACAUUAAUUCAGAAGAGCAGAAGGUAAUUGUCACAGGCAUUGUCAAUCCUUCCACUUUGGUCCAGAAAUUGGCCAAAGUUGGUAAACAUGCAGAGAUAUGGAAUGCAGGUUACAACCAAGAACAAGAACAAGCCAACCAUGAAGCUCAAUAUAUAAUGAAUGACCCCAGUAUCUCUGAAAAUCAGUAUAUGAUUCCCACCUUCUUUGGCAAAAAUCACUGGGGACCUGAAUGGUGUUUUAAUCAGGAUAUGGAUGCCAGAGCCAUGAAAAGCCAGAUCAACAAACAUUUAGCAGCACCAUCGUUUUUGAAAAAUUUUAACAAUGGAACCGAUCAAAAUUUUACCACAUUCAAUGAAAAUCCAGAAUGGGAGGAGAGCAUGAUGAGGCCUGCAAGUUUUCAACAGAAUAGUGGAACUAAUUACUCUGGCUUAGGGAGUCAAGAAUGGGCACGGGGAGCAUCACCGAUUAGUGAAUACGAUCAUCAACCAUCUCUGAUGGCCAACAUACAUGGAUAUUACCAUGACUAUCAUCCUUCAAAGAUGACGCAGCUGUACUCCUACAAUCAUCUACCAUGGGGAAUUAACAUCCACAUGCAGGAGACACCAACUUGGAAUGAAAUGAUGAUGAAUGCAUACAUGCAUCAGCACAUGACAAAUCAAAUGUAUCUCUCAUUGCCUUUUAACUUUGACUCUUGCUAG